AUGGCGACCGCCAAGGAGGAGACCCUCUGGUCACACAGGAAGAUGCUUUGUGCAUGUUUCCUGAUAACCAUGUGCCCGUUCCAGUACGGACUCGACUUUGGCCUCAUCGGCGGCCUGCAAGCGAUGCCUGGUUUCCUGGCGGUCUUCGGCCACAAAGACCCAACCGUCCCGAUGGGUUACAACAUCUCCACAAGCCGCCAGCAGCUGAUAUCCUCGCUGAUGACCUUGGGCGCCUUCAUCAGUUCCUCAUCAGCAGGCCCCGUCGCGUCCAUCAUGGGCCGCAAGGCCGCCAUCUGGGCGGCGUGCGUGACGUGCAUCUGCUCAAACGUGAUCAUGAUGGCGACGACGAGCAUCGGCGGGCUGUACGCAGGGCGUUUCAUCCUGGGGCUAGCCAACGGCGUCUUCAUGACCUUUUCACAACUCUACCUGCAGGAGAGCACCCCCGCGCGGUACCGCGGCGUCAUGCUGGCCGUGUUCCAGUGGUGGACGUCCAUCGGCUCGCUCGUCGGCAACGUCGUCGACAACUUCACCGCCCCGCUGCCCGGCAAGGAGUCGUACAUGAUCCCGCUCGGAUUGAUUUACAUCUUGCCUUGCUUCAUGUUUGUGGGCUUGUUUUUUAUUCCGGAGAGCCCGAGGUGGCUGCUGCAGCAUGGGCAGAGGGAGAAGGCGCAUCGGUCGCUGUUGUGGCUCAGGCCGGAUAAGGAGAUGGCGGAUAAGGAGAUUGUCGAGAUUGAGGAGGCGUUGCGGACGGAGCAGAUGCUGGCGACUGGGACGGCUAUUCAUGACUUGUGGAGGAACCCUGUGGAUCGCCGCAGGACGGUGCUUGCGGUUUGUGCUAUCUCGACCCAGGCGGCAUCGGGCGCGAUGUACAUGAUUGCGUACGGAACAUACUUCUUCGAGAUGGCGCACAUUGGAGAUGCGUUCCGCAAUUCAUGCAUCUUGACCGGUGUGGGUGUUGUUGCCAUCGUCAUCAACACCUUUGUCAUCUCGCGCUUUGGACGGAGGCGUGUCUUCUUGAUGGCCGGCAUGUUCUUAUGCGGCGCUACUCAACUGAUAAUAGCCGUGGUUUACACGGUUAAGCCAGGAACUGUCCAAACCGGGAAAGUCAUUGUGGGGCUCUCUGUUGUCUACAUCGUCGGGUACAACGGUAUGGUUGCAACCUAUGCUUGGCUCUCGGGCGGAGAGAUUCCCUCCCAGAGGCUGCGCUCUUACACCUUUGGAAUUGCCUCAUCUCUCGGAUUCCUCGGUGCUUGGCUGGCUACCUUUACUGCUCCAUACUUCAUCAACCCAGACAGCCUCAACUGGGGCCCAAGAUACGGCUACAUUUGGGCGCCACCUUGUUUCCUUACCGUCAUUUGGGUCUACUUCUUCCUGCCAGAAGUCAAGAACCGCACGCUUGAGGAAAUAGACGAGAUGUUCGAGAUGCGCCUCCCAGCCCGCAAGUUCAGGAAGUACGUGUGCACCGGCCGGGUCAACGAUGACCGUAGCAGCAGCAAAGUCUCAGUUGAACGGAUCGAGGACAUGAACUCAAAUGAGAAGACUACCGCGGAAGCAACUGUUAGCGCCAAGUAA